UUCAGGCAGCGACGUCUACGGCGCGCUGAAAUCGUAUUGUGAAUUGUGCGACGCGUGUGACGCGAUACGUGCCACUCCAACGCAAGACAACGUGACUGGACGCACGCGACGCUCAAGUGUUUGCAUAUUGUAAAUCCAGCUUUACGCUAAUUGUAGACACUGCAUCAGCAUCACGGUUUGCUAUCACGAAAUGCUAAUUAACUAGUACGUAUAGAAAUUGUAGCAGAAAACUAAAACUUUGCGAACCCGUAGCGCGGCUGCAUGAUUUGCUAGUCAUGUAAUAGCAACUUUUGACUAGUACUUAGAAUUUGCAUAGCUAUACAAUAUUAGUGUCAUUUAUCCGCAGCAGGUUUCUUUGUUUUCGUAUAGUCCACGAACCAAUGAGCUUUGCAACUAGAGUCAGCGCUCGGUAAUCCUAUUCCGAUUAUUCAGACGGCUUUGGCAACCAUUCACGUUACGUUUGAUGCUCAAGUCGUGCUGUGUCCGGAUCCAUGAAGUCUGCAGCAGGGCUAGGGCGACCUACUGUUGCUGUUUUCGUCUUCUUUCUGUUAGCUGUCACCUUACCUCAUGUUAUCAGGAGUACCACAUGUGAUGUGGAAUGGGGCCAAGUUCCUCCGGAUCCGCCGUGUCCGGAAAACUGUGUUUGCAGAGAUGACACAUCGAGGUCACAUUUUAGCACGAAGCGACGAUGUUUCAACGUUACUUGUACAGGAAAAGGACUACGAUCUAGGAUGGAAAAUUUGCCAGCACUGCUUCCCAAAGGAUGUGUUGUUAUUAGCUUAACACUGAUAGACUAUAAUCUGAGUAAAAUUUCCAAGGACUUCUUUGCAAGGUUUAGGACCCACUUGCUGGAGUUACACUUGAUUAGCUGUCACAUCACAUCGUUUCAUGAAAAGACAUUUUGCUAUUUUAAGAAAUUGAAAACUCUGUCAAUGAGCCACAACUUACUGACUACUAUUCCUGAUUGGCCAUUUUGGAAGACACCAAAUUUAAAGAGUCUCGAUCUCUCGUACAAUCUAUUUAAAGGCACUGGCUUUGUGGCAUCCAGUUUGUGUAUUCAAUAUAGAGGUUCUGAAAAUCCUGUUCUGGAGAAAUUAAAUCUCCAAGGAUGUCAAAUCAACUACUUAGUUUCUGGGUCAUUUGAUGGCUGCAGACUAAAGAAUCUUGACAUCAGCAGCAAUAACUUGUCAUAUAUUGGUCGGCAGGAAUUAACAGGAUUCAGCAUCGAUUCUAAUGUUGUCAUAAAUUUGAAAAACAACGUAAUUCACACGAUGACAAAUAACUCUGGUGUACUACGAGUGAUGCAGCAGUCUCAUUGCAGUGCAUCGAUGCAACAUCGUAUACUGCUUUUAUCUGGCAAUCAGUUCUGCUGCAAUGACAAAGUGCUGUGGAUGAGGAGAUUUAAAUUAUGCAUUGACCAUGAUCAGCCAUGCUAUUCAUACAAAGAGACUCUUUUUACCUUUAAGCCUCAUCAGAGCAACACUUGUAAACUAGCACCAGAGCCACAACACCCCUUAAAGUCAAGCCUGCUGUCAAUAAUUAUUGUACCAUCAGUUGUUGUUCCACUGUUGGUGGUUAUGUUGAUGAUAGUAGGAUGUGUUUCGUAUCAUCGAUAUCGACAGUUAGGCCAACAUCUGACACACACUGUUGUGGAAAAAAGUACAUAUUAUGGCAGCACUAAGAUUGCACCCAAUCUCAGCUCAUUUCUUGUGUCAUAUACCUCGUUGCAUUUGAGAGAACAGAUUGGAAGUGGAGGUUAUGGUACAGUGUAUCGUGCUAAGCUUCAUGGGUCAACUGUGGCAGUAAAGAUGAUCAACUCUCAAAGCAUGUAUGAUACUGGUACUGAUAUAAGUGCCUUCAUUCGAGAAGCAGAAGUUUUAAGUAAACUCCAUCAUGAAAAUAUUGUCCGAUUGCUGGGUUUGUGCACUGAACCAGGAUAUGUUUGUAUUGUAAUGGAGUAUGUACGAAAAGGGUCAGUCAAGAACUUAUUGAGAACUCUCAAUAUUUCAAUCAGUUGGCUACAGAAGUUGAAAAUGAUCAUUGAUGCAGCUAAUGGGAUGGUAUAUUUGCAUUCGAGACGGCCUCCCGUUAUUCAUCGUGACCUCAAGUCAAGCAAUCUACUUGUCAACAACCACUGGAGAGUGAAAGUGUGUGAUUUCGGUGUUGCCAAACAUAUUAAAGAUACUCAUGCCUUAAGAAGAGGGAGCAGUAGAAACACUCGAGCUCCAGGCACAUUGCGGUUUACUGCUCCAGAAAUGAUGGCAGACAGACCAAUAAUGACAAGCAAAGCAGACGUUUAUUCGUUUGCCAUUGUUCUGUGGGAGUUCACUGCAUCGUCAAUUCCUCCGGUCAGGGACCCUGGAAACCUAAGCAUACCACCAUCAUAUUUAUGUCCAUUUCCUGAAUUUACGUUGUCUUACCAGAUAAUGGAAGCUGUUUGUCAAGGUAGAAGACCAUCCAUCCCUGCUUUAUGUCCUCCUUCUGUUCAAUGUCUAAUGAAGCUUUGUUGGAGCAAGCAAAGAAAAGACCGGCCAACAUUUCCUGUUGUUUUAGAGAAGCUGCAUCAAGCUGCUGCUGAGAUGGGACUCACAUCAUUGUCAUCAGAAGCAAGUGAGAAUGACUCUGUUUCAACAGCGUGAACAAUCAGGAAAUGAAUGUAUCUGGCCUUUAUUUCUACUUGAUUUUGACAAACUGUUUUGACAGACAUGGAGGUGAUGUUGUAGUGAGACUGCUGAUCUGCAGUAUGUAUUAUAGGCCUCAGUUUCAUUAGAUGCAUGUACAGCUUUAGUGGCAAGACACUUGAUUUACUAUGCAAUACAGAAUUAGGAAUCAUGUGAAUAGAGGCACACCUAAACACAA